CUCGUGUCAACUUUUUUGUGUGUCCCGGAGCGAAUGAGUUUCCAGCGCUUGCUUCUCCCGCUACUCGUUCUGCAAACGAACUGGGUGAAUCAUAUUGACAAGGAGGUUUGUGUUUCGAGGGGAUUCCGCACCCAGUUUAGAAAAAUGAACCGUUUUCUGGGGAGAGUCCGGAACGGGAGGACCCAGGCACCGCCCCGGCCGGUGGUGGAUUGUGCACGAGAGUCGGUCACUGGUGUGUGGCUGCUUCGGAACGGUCGUAAAGGUCCUUCGACGGCACUCGACGGGACGGCUCUUUCUCCCGAGGUGGAGUUCGAGACGACGCAAAAACCGCCCUUCCAUGCACACAAGAGAAGAUUCUGUCCACUGUGUUUCCAGCAACCCGUGUUAAGGGGCAGCAGUGGAGUCUCCAGUUCGGUCGUGCCCGGACUAGCUAGUUGGCCUUCAAGGGACUUCUUCUUGUCAGCGGACGGCCGCAAAAGUUACCCUGUUCUUCAAAUCCUUUUCGAGAGAGGGUUUUGAGGGGCUUAGAAUGGAGUGUGUGGCCGCUCUUCGGGAAGGGAAUCGACCUCGGUGAAAAGGAGGCGGAGGAAAUAGUGACUCCUCGUUCUUUUUCCCUGGCUCGCGGCCUCUGACUUUUUGCGUGCACGCCAACUGGUUUUCACCUUUUCCUCCCGUUCCUCUCCACGUUGAGUCUGCAUCACCGGGAAACUGUCUGUGUGCCUUCAAGCGCGCAUGCCCGCGUCCAAAUGAGAGGCAACUGCCUGGUUUCUUUCGACUACCCGUGUGUUUCUUCGUGCCACGCCUCUCAGUUGCUGACCCACCACACCCUAGCGAGUCCGUUGUUCUGAAUCACCUCGUUUCUCCCUGCCGCCGCAUUGCCCAGAUACAAAGCGGAGAACCACACUUCUCGUUUCUUUCAGGGAGAAGAUCUGAAGGGAUCUGACGCUCAAGUGACUCAAACCUGCGUUUCCCGCAACCCUCUUUCGGCCGUGACAACCAUGAAAUCAUCGACUGGGGGUCCAGGCCACGCCGCGGUCUUUGUUUUUUGCUGCGAAAAAGUUCGCAGACCUGAGAGUGCCCGCGAAGCCUCCUGCAUCGCGUCUGCAAGAGCGCCAAACGCGACGCGGCCCUCGCCACUCGCCUUCUGCACUCUGCGAACGCUUCGCUGCCUGCAGUACGUGGUGGCAGCGGGCGCUGUGUUGCUGCUCGUGACAGGGUUCGACAGCGUGUCCGGCGCCAUUUCUUUGCCUCCGCAGUCGACUUGGGUCUGUCGCAUCUCCGAAACGAAUCAGCGCUGCGCCGACGUCUACGCCAACACAGCGACGGGCGAGAAGCACGGCGUCUGCCGAGAGGGCGACUGUUGCUCGCGCACAGCUUUGUCGCCGAGCUUCGAGUUUGGCGACGUGUGCAAGCCGAAGGGAAGCUCGGACUGCAGGUCGUACAAAGAUAACUACAGCUUCGGAAAAUGCGAUUUAGCGCAUUUCUGCGGCAAGUGCUCGACGCGCUCGCUCUGCAAGCUGGACAGCUCGGAGAACGGCGGCGUGUACUGCCAGUGCCCGGCACCUAGCGAGGGCAACGGCCUGACCUGCAAAGGGGAUCCUUGUGCAAGUGCUCCUUGCGCGAACGGGACCUGUUCGCCGCGUCCAGACGACCCGAACGACUACCAGUGCGACUGCUACCCCGGGUUCAGUGCAGUGAAGAACGCUAACGGCGUCGUCAAGUCUUGCGUGGACGUCUGCGCCACGAACGUCUGCGGUGAGGGCGCACUUGCGUGCUACAACGGAGAGGCCGGCCACAUCUGUGCAUGCAAAGAAGACUACGUCACCGUGACGGUGGACGGAAACGACACCUGCGUUAUGCCUGACCUUUGCGCCGUCAACCCCUGCGGAGACUCGACUGCAGUCGAGUCCUGUGUUACGGUGUCCUCCAACGAAUACCGGUGCACUUGCAAGGCUGGCCACGUGGUGAAGACGGACCGGAGACGUUCGUACUGCGCGAGAGAGUAAAAACAGCGCACUCCAGUGAAUCGAACGCACAACGGCGCUAAAGGUGCACACAACUGCGCGGAAACAUGCGGUUGUGUGUCUUCGCGACAGCCGAAAUCCCUUCUUCUGAUAUUUGACUCCGAGCACACAGAGGGACGGGUUUCUGUGUUCCUCGUCCAUGUAGACGACGGCAAGAGUAAAACCCGCUGCGGAUCUCGGAGAAACUGAUUCACGCAGGGACCGUUUUCCACCUUUGUGUGUGUGUGUGUGUAACUCGCGGUCUGGCACAUGGGGAGAAGCGGUAUCGAAUGUAUCCUCGCAUUUUUAUCUUCCGCUAAAAAGGUUUAAUUUCUCUUUUUUUUAUCUUCUUAAGGACACGAAACGCCUGAUUUUUUAGACACAUGUCCACACGCUGUCAUGGCGGGCGGCUGUGUCGGUUCGGUUGUUUCACGGCAUCCAGGAGACGGUCCAGUAAUUGAAGCUCUGCAGUUUCUGUACGCCCACCACGAAAAAUCAAUAGGGCCUCAGUUUCCGGGAACAAUCCCGCCUGUUACAAUUUUCCUAGAACGUCGACAAGAGAGUGUUUCUGUAUACCUGAAGGCGUUGCGCCAGAAUUCCACGUGCUGAAGGCUGCCUUGCGCACAUUCAUAAAAUGAUCUUUCGAGCUUUUCACUGCACUUCCCUCUCUUUAGCCUAGUCUCAGUUCCAGCGUUUUCCUGAAACUGACUCAUCAUCAUGGACGCUUCCUCAGAAGAGUCUUCCGCUGCCCCCCAGUCGACCGAUGUUCCUUCGGCUGUGGCAACCAGUGGAGAGCGUUGAACCCUUUAAAAUGUAUAUAGUGG